AUGCGAGCCCUAGCGCUGGCGAGCAUACUGCUCCGCGCUGAGAACAUAAAGAGCACUGCUACACCCUUUUUUCACUUGUGCCUUUCAGACGAACGACAGCCACCAACCGACAAGAAUAAAACUGACCAGGAAAACUUCGGCAAAAGCCUCGAUCCUGUGUAUCAAUCCGUGAGUCCUUCGAUGGCGUUAGUGGAAACCGCUGAAAAAGCUGACGCUUUCAAAGAAGAAGCAAACAAAUUCUUCAAAGAUGGAGAAUAUGAUAAGGCGAUAGAAAAUUAUACAAAAGCACUGCAGCUAAAGGAGUCGGCAAUAUAUUUCUCGAAUCGCAGUCUUGCUUACCUCCGGACAGAAUGCUUUGGAUACGCACUCGAGGAUGCCACCAAGGCCAUAGAGCUCGAUGGUUCGUACGUUAAGGGAUAUUAUCGUCGUGCAAUGGUGUAUAUGGCGCUCGAGAAGUUCAAAGAGGCUCUGUCGGAUUUAGACAUGGUACUACGCAAUGCUCCACAGGACAAAACAGCUCGGGCGAAGCACACUGCUUGUCAGAAGAUUUAUCGUCGACGCCUUUUUGAACAAGCAAUUGCGGUUGAAGACAAGGCGUCAGCUUUAACAUCCUUUGACCCGGCAUCCGUUACUGUUGAACCAUCUUACGAUGGUCCCCAUCUUGAAUCAGAUGAAAUGGGAAACUAUGUUGUCACAGAAUCCUUCAUGCUAGCGUUGAUAGAACAUUACAAGGCACAGAAGAAGUUACAUAAGAAAUACGCGAUGAUUAUACUGAAACAGAUUGACCAACUUCUACGCAACCUGCCCAGUCUUGUAGACAUUGAUAUACCAGAAGAUACGAAAUUUACUGUGUGUGGUGAUAUUCACGGCCAGUUUUAUGAUCUGAUGAAUAUAUUUGAGCUGAAUGGACUUCCGAGCAAGGAGAAUCCCUAUCUUUUCAACGGGGACUUUGUUGACCGUGGCUCAUUCUCUGUCGAAUGCAUUUUCACCCUCUUCGGCUUCAAACUCCUCUAUCCAAAACAUUUCUAUCUUUCCAGAGGAAAUCACGAAUCGGAAAAUAUGAACCGGUUAUACGGAUUCGAGGGAGAAGUCAAGUCUAAGUAUUCUAUGGAAAUGGUUGACAUUUUCACUGAUCUUUUCAACUGGCUCCCACUCUCCCAUCUGAUCAAUGAGCGAAUACUGGUUAUGCAUGGUGGUCUCUUUUCGAACGAUGACGUAACGCUAGACGAUAUACGUAAAAUCUCCAGGGACCGUCAACCUCCAGAAGGCAGCCCAAUGUGCGAACUUCUGUGGUCUGAUCCAAUGGAAGGGAACGGACGAUCUCCAUCGAAGCGAGGUAUCGGCUGUCAGUUCGGUCCGGACGUGACCGAACGGUUUUGUAAAGCCAAUGGACUGGACUACAUCAUUCGGAGUCACGAGGUCAAGGACGAGGGCUACGAAGUCGCACACGGCGGCCGUUGUAUCACGGUGUUUUCUGCACCUAACUAUUGUGAUACAAUGCACAAUCGCGGAGCUUUCAUCACACUAAUCGGCAAAAGAAAACCUGCACCAAUGAAACCGGAGUUUACCAGUUUCAAGGAAGUCCCUCAUCCAGACGUGCGCCCACUAGCCUAUGUCAACCCCUUCCUGUCAUUUUUCAUGUGAUGCCUAAACUCCACCCUGCACUCCCUUCAAGUUACCACUGUGAAAAAGACACCAUUCAGUAUCAGGUGCCUUACACAGUCCCAUUUUCAGGGAUUGAUUUGUACAAACACCUGUUCGAACUCCGGUUGUCUAAAACUGUUUGCCUACUGCUCACCAUCGCCCGGUGCGUGUGUCUUAUAGCUCGACCAAAACUAACUGCGUAUGUAUGUACAGGAUUGUCUCACUGCUGCUGGAUGACUAUCUGAGUGGUCCGGAAAUUCAGUAACCGCUUUGAGUCCUCUUCUCGACCAGUAUAGAAUAUAAUACAUAUUAUGCUCAAUCACUGUUCGGCGACUUUUUGUUGGAGCGGUUGUUUUGGUUCUCAUAUUGGUUUGAUUGUGGUGGAUAUCUUUUGUCCGACCUUUUCAGGCUCUUCUUAUCUGCGAAUAUGUAGAAGACUUUGAACUAAAUGUGUUGUGUUGGGAAAAUAUAUUGUAACUUUAAGGGAAGACUGCUACUUGGAGGAUACAAACCUUCGUGGACGCCGUAGAUACCACCAAAAACAACCAUCCAACUGUGUGUGAAAUGUUAUUUGCCUCGCAUGAUAGACGUCAAACAUUUUUGUGAAUUUCACUGUACAUUCUCAUUGUUGAUUUUUGUGUGGUGGACUAUCAUUUUGUCUCUUAAACUGACGGUGUGAAUCAAUCGAUUUAUCA